UGUUUAAGCCCGCACUGUCAACUAACACUCCAUUUUGCCUUUUCACUUUCCUCCUCCGCUCAUCAGCAUCUACUCCAAGACCAUGGCGCAAAUACGGGGCACCGCAGGCUAUCACCUGGGCAAUCAGAGUCCGUUCGGUGGACCAAGCAGGACUGACGCAACCGACGACCCCAGCCCGCUGGCUGCUAUUCGCGAGCAGACCAGCAAGAUUGAAGACUGGCUAGACACUUUCUCGGAUCCCAUCAAACCAUACCUGCCAGCAAUUGGCCGAUUCCUGAUUGUAGUAACAUUCUUAGAAGAUGCUCUGCGCAUCAUCACGCAAUGGAACGACCAACUGAUUUACUUGAAAGACUACCGAAAGAUCUGGUCCGGCGUUACACACUUGUUCCUCAUCAUAAACGUUAUCGCAAUGACAUCUUGCUCGAUCCUCAUCAUUGGAAGAAAAUACUCGGAAUACGCGGUCGGAGGUUUGAUUGGUGUGGUGAUCCUCCAAGGCAUCGGCUACGGUCUCGUGUUCGACCUAAAUUUCUUUCUACGAAACCUGUCGGUGAUGGGCGGUCUUCUCAUGGUGCUCUCCGACUCCUGGGUGCGCAAGCGAUUUGCCCCGGCCGGUCUUCCUACGCUCGACGAAAAGGACCGCAAGAUGUACUUCCAGCUCGCUGGACGUGUCCUUCUGAUCUUCCUCUUCAUUGGCUUUGUGUUCCGAGGUGAUUGGAGCAUCUGGCGAAUUACCGUGAGCCUUCUUGGUUUUGUUGCCUGUGUCAUGGUUGUGGUCGGUUUCAAGGCGAAAUGGAGCGCGAUCAUGCUGGUUUUGAUCCUUAGCAUCUUCAACCUGAUUGUGAACAACUUCUGGACCCUUCACCCACAUCACCCCCACAAGGACUUUGCGAAGUACGAUUUUUUCCAGAUCCUGUCUAUCGUGGGCGGUCUUCUUCUCCUCGUGAAUAUGGGACCCGGUCAAUUCAGUGUGGACGAGAAAAAGAAGGUUUACUAGAUGUAAAGAGGCGCAGAAGGAUACAUGCGGA